AUGGUGUGUUGCUCGUGUUUUGGGUCGAGGAGAAAACGUGACGUGGCGAAGAAUCCAAAGCUCAAAGACAUUAAUUCCGAUCAUAAACCCAGACCUGACCGACCAUCUUCUUAUUCUGCUAAUACAGUUAGAUCUUCACCACAUUCUGAAAUACAACAAGAUCCUAGCAAGCAAACUCAAUCUUUCACAUACAGAGAACUCGCCACUGCAACAAACAACUUCAGGAUCGAAUCUAUGAUCGGACGUGGUGGUUUCGGUUCUGUUUACAAAGGAAAGUUAGAAUAUCCUCCUGGACAGUUGAAGAAUGUGGCUGUCAAGAUGCUUGAUCCAACUGGUCGUCAAGGAGACAAAGAGUUUCUUGUGGAAGUCUUAAUGCUCUCCCUCUUGCGUCACGAACACCUCGUGACUCUCUUUGGUUACUGCGCUGAAGGAGACCAAAGACUCCUCGUCUAUGAAUACAUGCCUUUUGGUUCUGUAGAAGAUCAUCUCCACGGUUUCGGAUCUGUUGAGGAGGUUUUAGAUUUAAGCACAAGGAUGCAGAUAGCGUUAGGAUCAGCUAAAGGUUUAGCGUAUCUACACAACGUGGCACAACCUCCUGUGAUCUACAGAGACUUGAAAACCGCAAACAUAUUGUUAGACCAUGGCUACAAAGCGAGGCUCUCUGAUUUUGGGCUUGCAAAGUUUGGUCCUAGUGGUGACAUGUCUCAUGUCUCUACAAGAGUGAUGGGAACUCACGGGUAUUGCGCACCAGAGUACGCAAGCACAGGGAAACUGACGAUGAAAUCUGAUAUCUAUAGCUUUGGAGUUGUGAUGUUGGAGCUUAUCACUGGACGUAAACCUAUUGGGGACUCAUGCAUGGGUUCAAAACGUAUGCUUGUGAACUGGGCAUUGCCGUUGUUCAGGGAGCAAGAGAUAAGAAAGAUAGCAGAUCCGAUGUUGUCAAUACAAGGUCAUCGUUACAUGGAGGAAGCUGUGGGGAGAGCACUUGAGUUGGCUUAUAUGUGUUUGAGAGAAGAUGCAAACGCUAGGCCAACGGUGAAGGAAGUAGUGGAGGCUUUAGAUAGUAUAGUGAAGUUCAUAGCGAGGAAGAAGAAGAAAGAGAGUAUUGGGUAUGGAAGAGGAGUGGAGUUGGAGAAGAGAGUUGCAGUGAGCUCACCUAAGGAGACGACGAGGAUGUUGAGUGUUAAUGAGAUAGAAGUAGAAGAAGGAGAUUUGGCGAGAGAAAGAGCUGUUGCUGAUGCUAAGAUUUGGGCUGAGACUAUGAGAUCGUUGAGGAGACAGAGUAAUGAGCCACCAAAGCAGAAUACUACUCCUUAAAGUGUUGAGAAACUGAACAAAUGUUUUAUUUUCUUAAUCUGGAGAGUCUUUAGUUCUCUGUUUAUGUUAGUUAUUAUACAGAAUGAUUAUGGAAAGAAUGAACUUGUGAAUAAAGAGUUUAAUGCCG